UAGGAAUUGAAGAAGGGCCACUGAUACCCGGAACUAAGAGGGAACCGAACAGUUCCUAGCCGGACAUGCACUCAGAUGCACACGUAAACAUGGCGGCUAACAUAGAGCAAAUUUUUCAAGAUUUUAUAUUGAAUAAGAUCAGAGAAAUUGAAGACCAGAAUGAAGACAACAUUGCUGCUGAAGGAUCAGGUGAUGUUAUUAAAAUGGCUGAAGCGGAAAAAGGCCCUUCGGACAGAAACAAACACGAAGAAUUAAAGGCCAGUGGCACACAGAAGAAACACAGGAAGCACAAAAAACACAAGAGUAAGAAGAAGAGAAGAAACAGAGAGAAGGAGAGCAGUUCCGAGUCUGGAGCAGAGCUGGAGGAAGAAACCAAACACCAGCCAAGAGGAGAACCAGAAUCGCCCACACAGCCAAACGAGGAGCGAGGUGAGGACGAGAGUAAGUCCAGAUACAGCAAGCGCUACUCAACAGAAAAGAGGAAGAAGAAGAAGAGGAGAAAGAGGAAAGGAGAAGAGAACUUAUCAGAUAGCAAAACAGAAUUUGUGUUAAAGCAGAGAGAAAGUAAGAGUGGCCAGUGCUUAUUGCCAAGGCGACGAGAGGACCUGCCUGAUAUCAUCCCGAAACAGGACAGCUCCAAUAAAGGAAGAGGCAAUGAGAAAAGAUGCGGCAGGAGGAGAAUUCGUUCCUGUUCCCGUUCCCGUUCCCGUUCACAUUCAUGUUUAGUGAGGAGGAACUUCAAAUCCAGAAACCACCACCGAAGAUCCAGGACGCGGUCCAGCUCUUCAGACAAGAAGGGACCUCUGGAUGAAUCCACCCAAAGUCCUUCUGAAGGACUCCGGCCAUCUCAGCUGGCCUGCAGCCCCAUCCGAAAUGUCUUUGCUGAGGAGCUGCCAGUGUCCUGCACAGAGCCACAGAGCCAAGACCAGAGAACAAAGCCCCUGCAGAACCAAGAGGACACGGCACCAAGACUAGCAAAGAAGAAGAAGACGUCUCCACGAAGGAAAAAGGAAGCAAAGACACGGCAACGAAAGUCACCAUGUCGGAGCCACUACAUUGGAUCCAGGUCCAGGAGUCUUUCAAAGAAGAAGCGGUCACGGUCAAGGUCAGGAGGUCGGCGCUCGCGGAGGUCACGCUCAAGGUCGGCGUCACACAGUCGGAGGAGGACCACAUACAGCCAGAGGGACCGCUGGAAACGGGAGCCAAGUCACUCCCCUGUACUCAUCCUUCGAAAAAAUAGAUCCCCCACUCGGAAACUCUGCAGUUUGAGUAACAGCCCUCAGCGCGUCAGUGAACUGGACAAGGACCAGUUGCUGGAAAUUGCCAAGGCCAACGCUGCUGCCAUGUGUGCCAAAGCAGGGAUGCCCAUCCCUGCCAGCCUGAGGUCCACAGUGCUUCCCUUGGUUCUGCCCAGUAUGGCCAUGAAUGCUGCCAUGGCCAGUAUGACGGCUGCCACCAUGACAGCGGCAUUGUCUAACAUGGGCAUCUCUUCACUGCUCUCACUGCCAUCCAUCACCAACAAGCCACCUCCUGUCUCCUCCCAACCCAACAUGGCUCUAGAGGAAGUCAAGAGGAAAGUAGCAAAGCAGGCCAACAGCAUCAGCAUCAAGGAGUUUACUGAUAAAUGCAAGAUGAUUGUGGACAGUAAAGGAGAGCUGCCAGUGGCGAUGCCACAUGUUUCAGACGAGGAAGAUGAUGGGAAACCUUUUGGAGGAUCAGCUCUUCGGGAGCAAAAAGCCAUCAGCUUCAGCAUCAAUAACACCACAGUCCGUCCAGCUGUGCGUAGUGAUGCAGGCAUGGCCAAGGAAUUUCCUGUGUCUUCAGGAUCACAACAUCGCAAAAAGGAGGGCGAGGCUCUAGGUGCCUAUGGAGAAUGGGUUCUGGUUGACAAAGCAGCAGAAAAAGCUGCUGCGGCCACGAGAAAAGCCCUGGCCACUGUUGCCAUAGCAACAGCCAACUCAGCAGGUGAAACGAUGACACCAGUCUUACCAGAGGUUGUUGAACAGCCUGAGUUGGAGUCAGAUAAUGACAGUGUUUUUCCUGAACAACUCCUGCAGCCAGUAGAUAUCUCUCAAGCUGUAACGGAGAGAAUCAAAGCGCAGAGGCGAUUGGCUGAGAACCCUUAUGACGUCAGUGCCAUCUGCAUGCUCAGCCGGGCACAAGAGCAGGUGGAUGCGUGGGCCCAAUCCAACACUGUUCCCGGCCUUUUCACUGGUUCGACUGGAGCCCAAAUCCUCAGUUCGGAGGAACUUUCCACCAGCGGACCACAGGCGUGGCUAAAGAAGGACCAGUUCCUUAGAGCAGCUCCAGUUUCAGGUGGCGUUGGUGAGUUCCUGAUGAGAAAGAUGGGUUGGAAGACGGGAGAGGGCCUCGGGAGGAACCGCGAGGGUACCGUGGAGCCUAUCAUUAUUGACUUCAAGGUUGACCGCAAAGGACUAGUCGCUGAAGGAGAGAAGCCACAGAAGCAGACAGGAGGACUUGUGGUAACCAAAGAUCUGAUGGGGAAGCACCCGGUUUCAGCUCUAAUUGAGUUGUGUAACAAGAGACGCAUAAUGCAGCCAGACUUUGUUAUGGUCCAUCACAGCGGUCCUGACCACCGCAAGAACUUCCUCUUUAAGGUCACAGUGAAUGGUGUGGACUACCAACCCCAGACAGCUAGUCCCAAUAAGAAACAUGCUAAGGCCAUGGCAGCUACUGUUGCACUGCAGGCUCUGGGGGAGGUUCCUGUCGAUGGACCAGGACUCUACACAGGCCCAGUCUUCACUGCUGCUUCUACUGGGCCCUUGUUCUCCACAUAGAGUUCCACACAGCACUGGGACUGUAACGCUCUACAGAGUUCAACUAUUUGACCAGAUCAUCUCUGCAGAUGUAGGACGGAAAUAAUCUUUCCCACUCUGAUGACUUAUUAAUACGGCGUACUGAGUAACAAGGAAGUGCUCUGGGUACAGGACGGAGAGCGUGUCUUUUGUACGGUUGCUCGCUGUGGCCAAAUAUAUAUCCAUAAAGUCACAACCAUGACAAGAUGGCAAAUGAUUUCUGUCAAAUGUUUAGCAUGGGGUAAAACACGUCUGCUCCAUAUUAAAAUAUAAGUGUGUGAGAGAGAGAGAAUGAAUGAUAUAGUAGCAUUUCACCCUGAUACAUAUUGAUGAUAUAUACUAACUAACCAGUGUGUGACUCUAACCAGAGACUAACCGGCAGGGUUGUUGCUAGCAGCAGAGCAAGGUUAAGUGGUCUUUAGAGAUGACUGAGUCACCGAUGGUCCUGAUGUUGCAUUCGGGACCUUGCCUCAUCUAACAAAGUGUUUCUCAAACAAGGCUUUUAUGGAACUAACGCUCUUUAGAGAAUGUGUAUUCUGAAUAAAGAUUGUAUUUAUGUAGUAGAGGAAGCCACAUUGUUUUCUGGCGAUAAUGUCUGUGUUGAAUAUUUAAGUUUCCCAAGGGUGAGGGUGUAUGCAAAGCA